AUGUCUGUGCCACGGAUCCAAGUGGAAGAAGUGGGUGAGAAAGACAGGCUGGCAGGAGCAGCCGCACCUCCCGAUGACCACCUACUCAGCCUGAAGGCCCUCACUGAGAAACUGAGGCUAGAGACCCGAAGACCCUCCUACCUGGAAUGGCAGGCCAGGCUAGAGGAGCAGACGUGGCCUUUCCCAAAGUCAGCUGCCCCACAAGAGGCAAGCUUGGAACAGGGAGCCUGCGGAGAUGGAGUGCCGUCAGUCCCUCUGAGGGAAUCCAGAGAGCUGCUCCCACCUCCCAGGAGUGCCAGCCGGGGCGACGGACCUCUGACCACAGGCAAGCUGGAAGGCUUCCGGAGUAUCGAUGAAGCUAUAACCUGGCUCAGAAAGGAACUGGCAGAGAUGCGGCUCCAGGACCAGCAGCUGGCCAGGCAGCUCAUGCGCCUCCGCGGAGACAUCAACAAGCUGAAGAUUGAGCAGACCUGCCGCCUGCACAGGAGGAUGCUCAACGAUGCUGCCUAUGAGCUGGAGGAGCGCGAUGAGCUGUCCGACCUCUUCUGCGACUCCCCUCUGGCAUCCUCCUUCAGCCUUUCCACACCACUCAAGCUCAUCGGCGUCACCAAAAUGAACAUCAACUCCAGAAGGUUCUCUCUCUGCUGA